AUGCAUACCUCUGCCUCCCAGGACUUCGUGUCCUUCGCCCUCAAGGCCCAGCAUGAGUAUGACGCGUCCAAGCCUCUCAUCGUCGAUGCCCACGACCCAACCCGGACACUCAACUCCACGCAGUUCCGACUGCUCGUGCAUACCUUAAUCGCCGGGUUCAAGGCCCAAUCCCCUGUGCGAAGAGAUUGUGUCCUCCUCCACCUGGCAAAUCAUCUAAGUCCCACCGCUUCCCCUUCCGACAUAAUCUCACCUUUUCAGGUCCUCUACCCGGCCCUAUUCCUCUCCAUCAUCGGGGCAGGAGGCGUCUGCAUGGGCUCGAGCCCGCACAGCCAGCGGGAUGAACUUGAUCAUCUCGUCCGUCUCACCAACCCUCAGUGGAUCAUCGCCGAGGACGAUGCCCUUCCAACCGUUCUUCCCGUCUCGGCCAAAAACAGCAUCUCUGCUGAAAACAUUCUCCUCCUGGAUGACGUAUCCCUGACAUCUACUCUUAACUCCCUCAGGCCCGGGGCCCAAUCUCAACCCCAGACUCCCCGACCUCGACCCCCAGAACAAACACCAUCCUCACCCUCCUUCACCACGGCACCUCGCCUCCCCUCCCAGUCCCGUCUCAUCUCCCUCCCUAUGUUCCACCUGUUCAGCUCCCUCUGGACGCACCUCUUUCCUCUCCGCUACGGCCACCCCCGCUCUACAUCCAGCGGGGCUUCAAAACCUCACCUCUUCCUGGACGCUAUCCGGCAGUACGAAAUCACAGAAACUUACCUCGUCCCCACCAUGGUGCACUUGAUCAACCAAGCCCCCAAGACACUGGACGUAACCAGAUCAAUAUCUUCACUGCGAUACGUAGACGUUCCUCGACGGAGAAAUUCCAGGAUUCCAUGCACGAGCAAUCCUGCGCGGGCCAGGUCUGGGGAGUUGUAUAUCCGCGGGCCGGGACUGUUUAAAGGACAUAUCGGCCACGGGGAGCAGGAGGACGUGGAUGCUGAAGGAUGGUUCCGCACCGGAGACGUUGCGUACGAGAAGAACGGGCAAUACUUCAUUGUGGGCCGGUCGAAGGCGUUGAUUAAAGUGCGCGGGUCUCAAGUCUGUCCAACCGAGAUCGAAGCCGUCCUGCUGCUGCACCCGCCCGUCAGCGAUGUGGCGAGCUACAAGGUGUUGGAUGGGAUACUGUCCUUGGAACUGGCGAGCAUGAAUGAGCGGCGGGAGGCGCUGGCGGGAUUACUUCAGAGGACAAUCAUGCUGCCGAUUCGUAUGAUUGUGGGGAUCGUGUCCGUCCAGAUGGGCGAUUCGUGUGCCAGAAGGUCGAACAGGCCGUUUCAGCCAGCGGAUGUGGAACGUGUGGGAAAAUCGAAAAUCCCCCUAUCCUGGCGGACUCCGCCUGACUAA